UGGUCAAUAGAGGAAGAGAUCACUUCCGCCCUCAGUAACCAUGGCGGCUCCGAGUAAACGACAAAUGCUGCGGUUCAUCUCUCAGUUCGGAGCGUUUAUUCUGACCAGAUUUGGGUUUUGGAACUGCUUCAGCAUGCUUAUGCUGUUUGCCGAGCGGGCCGAUGUGAAAAGGAAGCCGGACAUCCAGGUGCCGCUCUUGUAUGUUGACAUGGCAGCAGCAGUGUUGUGUGCCAGUUUCAUGUCGUUCGGGGUGAAGAGGAGGUGGUUUGCACUCGCCGCCGCGAUCCAGCUGGCUUUCAGCACGUACGCGUCCUACGUAGGUGGCCAUGUCCAUUAUGGAGACUGGUUAAAGGUCAGGAUGUACUCGAGAGCCAUGGCUGUUAUCGGAGCUUUUCUAGUGCUGGCCAGUGGAGCAGGAGAAGUAUACAGGCAGAAACCACGCACACGCUCACUACAGUCCACUGGCCAAGUCUUCUUAGGAAUCUACUUAAUCUGUUUGGUUUACUCCCUCCAGCACAGUCAAGAGGACAGGUCCGCAUACUUGGACCACAUCCCCGGUGGUGAAAUAACCCUCCAGCUCCUGGUCAUUCUCUUCGGCGUGCUUGCUCUCUCCUUCCUCUCGGGGUACUACGUGCGUUUAGCGUCUCAGAUCUUAGCCGUGCUCCUCCCGCUGAUCAUUCUGUUCAUCGACGGCAAUCUCGGCUACUGGCACCGCACACGCCGCGUCGAGUUCUGGAACCAAAUGAAGCUGAUCGGACAUAACAUAGCCAUCUUCGGAGCUGUGCUCAUCCUCGGGACCGAUGGCUAAACACUUAAAACAAACGGUGGACAAAAGCUACAUGCAAACCAUAAAACUGCACUGAAGAGUGGCUCCAAAUAACGUGCUCAAUAAUCGAAAUAGUGCGACAGCUUCAGAGUUCAAUUCAGAUAACAUUUCAGAUGCUAACGCUUUGUGACUGACAUUAUGACUCUGAUGUGUAAUGAGCUGGAGGUGGUUCACUACACUGAAGAGAUGCCACACUAUUUGUACACACCGAUUUCAGAUCACCAUGUUUCCUGCUUCUCAGGGUUGAAUUGGAACAAUUCCGUCAUUAUUCUAGAUAUUGACGAACAAGUUAUUUAUUAGUCCAGAUUUGACCUUGCUGCAUUUUUGCCUGAAGAAAACAAAUUGAUUCUUAAGUGACUGUUUACAAUCAUGUCAGCUUUUUUACUUUUUUUUUAAUUUUAUUUAUGGAGGAUUUUCAACAAGUCUUAAAAACAUUAUUAAUUAGGACUUUGUGAAAAGGCUGUUUUGCUGUAUAUUAUUUUAAAACAGAGUUUUAAAGGUUUUUUUGGUCAGGUGUCUUGAACAAUUCCAAGACUGCUACAUUACUGGCAGCUCAUAGCACUACCUUCUUUCUGAUUAAAUAUCAAUGCAUCGUUGUUUAUUAAACUAUGGAUGUUUCUAUUCAA